AUGAAUUCUAUUAUCCAAUUAGACUAAGAAUAUAGAAUGCUAUUUGAGUAAAUUAUGGGAAUGCUUAAUCAAUUAUCAUCUAUAAGUUUAGAAUUCGUAAGCUCUAAAUUAACAUUUCUUGAAAAAUACUCUUAAACUUUAAAAAAUUCAUAAAUAGAUGCUAGACAACAUCGUAAUAAUUAAAUUAAAAAUCUUAUUGAAUAUGUAAAAAUGCAUCGCAAAUCAAAAGUUCGUUCUGUAAUUCAUUCCCCAUUAAAUAGAACAUUUAAUCAUCAACGUCAUAAUUCUUUAGAUAUGUAAGAUGUGCAAUUACAUGAUAAUAAAUUUCUGAUACAAAAUUCUUUUUCUUAAUAAAAAAGUCUAAGUGAUACUAAACUUGUACAUACUAAAACAAUUAAAAAUCUGCUACAAAAAAUGGUUACUAAAAAGAAUGGUUCACCAUAAAAAAACUCUACCGAUUCGUUACUAAAAAUACUUGAAAAUGCUAUGUAAUUAUUAGAAACGCACCAAUCUUUUUAUUAAGAAGAUUAUAAUCAAUUAAGGAAAGAAUACAAUUAAAUUUUAUAAAAUAAUCCAUAAAUCAUGGCCAAAUAAAGUUUAUAGAAUAAAUCAAGUAAAAUUAAAGAAAACUUAAACUCUCUAAUUGAAACUUAAAAAUCAUUUAAAUCUUAUUUGAAUUCAAUAAUGUGA